AUUCUCUAAAUAGAGGAACAGCUCUCGAUUCACUGCCAGUACAGAGCGAAACAGGACAGGCACACAGAGCGAUAUUGCUCCCUGUUUCUCUCUGAGAGAAAUAACAAUAAAACAAAUCAGAACAAGUCCAAAAACAACCAAAAAAAGGGGAAAUAACCAAUAUUAGCCGGAGCUAUUGAAUUUUCCUCGUCAGUUGUCAAGGAAAAAAAAAAAGGCAACAUUUUGCAACAUUUCGAACGCGUUUUGGAAUGAACGAGAAAAGUGCCAGUUUUCACCGUUGUAAUUAAUUUUUAAACAACAAAACCAAAAACCAAAACAAAACAACCAUCAAAACUGGAUGUGCUGUGCUAGAACGUGAAAGCCGAGAAGGAGACCCGAGAAGACUGUGGCUCCGCUCCUGCCUCUUCUCGCCAGAGCCCCCGAGGAGCCGUCGGUGGUCCCCUCACCUGUGCGCGCGCCCGCCCGCCCGCCGACCAUGGCCGCGACCAAGACGGAGAUGCUCCUGCCCGCCCUGCAGAUCUCGGACCCCAUCAACUUCCCGCACUCGCCCAUGGAUAAUUACCCCAAGCUGGAGGAGAUGAUGCUGCUCAGCUCCGCGGGGACUCCGUUCCUCACCCCCUCCGCUCCCGAGGGAGCGGGGUUCGGCGCGGGGGAAACCGGGGACCAGUACGACCACCUGACAGGAGACACGCUGUCCGAGAUCUCCCUGAGCUGCGACAAGCACCUGCCGGAGCAGAGCUACCCCGGCCAGCGGCUGCCACCCAUCUCCUACACCGGCCGCUUCACCCUGGAGCCCGCGGCCAACUGCAGCAACAGCCUGUGGGCCGAGCCCCUGUUCAGCCUGGUCAGCGGCCUGGUGGGCAUCGCCAACCCCCCCAGCACCUCCGCCCCGUCCCUGUCCUCCUCCGGCCCCACCCAGGCCUCCGCCGCCUCCCACAGCCCCCCCCUGAGCUGCUCGGUGCAGCCCAGCGAGCCCAACCCCAUCUACUCGGCGGCGCCCACCUACUCCAGCGCCAGCCCCGACGUCUUCCCCGAGCAGGCCCAGCCCUUCCCCAGCCCCUCGGGCGGGGGGCUGCAGUACCCGCCCCCCGCCUACCCCGGCUCCAAGGCCUGCCCCGCCAGCUUCCCUGUGCCCAUGAUCCCCGACUACCUGUUCCCCCAGCAGCAGGGCGAGAUCAGCCUGGUGCCGCCCGACCAGAAGCCCUUCCAGAGCCCCUCCUCCUCGUCCUGCGUCACCACCUCCUCCUCCUCCUCCUCCGCCUCCUCCCAGCAGCCCUCGCUCACGCCCCUCUCCACCAUCAAGGCCUUCGCCACCCAGACGGGCUCCCAGGACCUCAAGAGCGCCUACCCCUCCCAGCUGAUCAAGCCCAGCCGCAUGCGGAAGUACCCCAACCGGCCCAGCAAGACCCCGCCCCACGAGCGCCCCUACGCCUGCCCCGUGGAGACCUGCGACCGGCGCUUCUCGCGCUCCGACGAGCUCACCCGCCACAUCCGCAUCCACACCGGCCAGAAGCCCUUCCAGUGCCGCAUCUGCAUGCGCAACUUCAGCCGCAGCGACCACCUGACCACGCACAUCCGCACGCACACCGGGGAGAAGCCCUUCGCCUGCGAGAUCUGCGGCCGCAAGUUCGCCCGCAGCGACGAGCGCAAGAGGCACACCAAGAUCCACCUGCGGCAGAAGGACAAGAAGGCGGAGAAGGCGGCGGCGGCGGCGGCGGUGUCGGCGGCCACGCCCCCCUCGGCGGCCAGCUACCCCUCGCCCAUCACGUCCUACCCCUCGCCCGUGUCCUCCUUCCCCUCCCCGGUGCCCUCCUGCUACUCCUCGCCCGCGCACGCCUCCUACCCCUCGCCCGCCGUCGCCACCACGUACCCCUCCGUCUCGGGCGCCUUCCAGACGCAGGCGGCCGCCAGCAUCUACAGCUCCCCGGUGGCCACGCCCCUGUCGGACAUGCAGGCCACGCUGUCGCCACGGACGAUCGAGAUCUGCUGAGGGGGGGGUCCCCGGGGGGGCGGGGCGGGGCGCUCGUCUGGCCUCCCGCACGAUCAGGAGGACCGGCCUCGUCGUCGCCCCCAACCCCCUGCGCCCCCUUCGCUCUCGAACUCUUAAGGUACCCCGAAAGAGGGAAAGAGGGGUGUUCGGGGGGGGCUUGAGAAAAGUGCCGAGGACUCCUCUAAGAGGACGCACACGAGAGCACCCCCAAAACAAAAAAAACGCAAAGACAAAACGAGACUUGGGAGAGCAACAGGUUCCCCACGGGGAUUUUAAACUGAUGCACAGCCCCGCCGGCUCGCCCCCUGUACCCCCUCCCCAAGAUUCCCAGGAAAAGAGUGGAAGAGACUCGAGCCUCGUCACGGUUUUUAUGGCCUGGGGGGGUCCCGGCCCCCCUCCUCUCGCUGCCCGGCCAGCGCGCCAGCCGGGCAGCACAGACUCGGACGAUAUACAUACGCAUAACGUAUCCUGUAUGUGCCAUGUUCCGUUCCUCAUUCUUUGGUACUCUUGAUGUGAAAAUUGAUUUGCAUAUUUACAUUGUAUCAUUUGAAGUUAGCAAGGGCCAUAUUUUAUAAAUAUUUUUCUCUCUCUCUCUCUCUUCUGUAGUGGAAAUGCUGUGACCAGUUUUGAAAUUUGUUUAACGGGGAAAAAAAAAAAAAGCACUUACGUAUUCAAAGCAUGUGUAAGAGUGAUGUCCGUUUCUCUUAUUUUGUAAAUAUCACCCACUGGUACUUUCUCUCGCUCUCUUUUUCCCAUGUCGCAAAAAGUUCUGUUGGAAAACAAAAAAUCUAGAAAAAACAAAAACCACGUUUAUCGGUGCCUUUUGUGAAGCCUCGUGGAUGUUUUGACACAUCUGUUUGUGUGACUGGAUGCUUUGCAUCUCUAUAGCCUUAAGGUGAAAGGGAUAUUUUUAUACCGAAUGUAAGAGGGAUUUUAAGGGAAGACUGAUGAAAGACUUGAGGGCACAGCUUCAUUUCUUUAGAAUGUAAGCAAAAAAAGUCUCCAAAGUAUAUUUUUGUAACUGAAAUGUAAAUAUCUAUAUAUUCAGGAGUUGGAAUGUUGUAGUUACCUACUGAGUAGGCAUGGAUUUCUUGUAUGUGAUUUACAUGCAGUUCAUUAUUUUGUGGUAUUUUUAUUUUGUAAUUGUGUUUUGUUAAACCAAGUGACUGUUUCUGGCUUCUAAAAACACAUGGAAUGCGCUUUACUGCCAAUGGGAUAUUUGGUGUACAAGAUAUCCUUACAGAGAAGAACUAUAAAUGAAAUAAAAUUAUAAAUAUAUGUC